ACAAUAAUUAACCAAGAACAGAUCGGCUAAGGGUCUUCCUUGAUCCCAAGAAUCAACCCAUGCUGAUUAUAGGCAAAGAUUGGAACUUCUCAAGUUGCGAUUACGUUUCUGUAUCGCAUCCGCGGUGUUGUUGAACAACUAUUUGAUGCAACCAAACGCCUUCAACUGAAGCAUGUCGCAUCAAAUUCACACAUAAGCUCUGGUAGCAAUCCACGUUACAAUGUCAGGUUCAAUCCCCCAUCCCUUCGAUCCUCUCAGUGGUGAGGAGAUCCGGCUCGCUACUUCUGUUGUACGCAAAGAGCAUGGCGAUGCAGUCCACUUCCACGUCGUGACUCUCCAAGAGCCGCGCAAGGCUGAGAUGGUUGCUUGGCUUGCCAAUCCCUCCAACGGCGCUCGUCCUCGACGUGUCGCAGAGGUUGUCAUCAUUGAUCCACGAGAAGGCAAGGGCCAUGUCUAUGAUGGCCUGGUAGACUUGAAGAGUCAAAAAAUCACAAAGUGGGAGCGCGCUGAAGGACAACAACCUAUCCUAAUCGUCGAAGAACUCCUCGAAGUCGAAGAAGCCUGUCGCAAAGAUCCCCAAGUCAUCGAACAAUGCCGAAUCAGCGGAAUCGCCGCAGACGAGAUGCACAAAGUCUACGCCGACCCAUGGACCAUCAGCCACGACCCUCGCUACGGAAGCGGUACACGCCUGUUCCAAGGCCUGAUGUACUUUCGCCCAGAGGUCGACAAUUGCCAAUACCAAUACCCUCUUGACUUCCAUCCGAUCUAUGAUCCCAGGAAGAAGGAGAUCAUCGCUAUCGACAUUCCUCGCGUUCGACGACCCCUUCAGAGAAACAAGGCUGUAGACUAUCAUCAUCUGUAUAUCCAAAAAGAAGGCUGGUAUAGAAAGGAUUUGAAGCCGAUUUAUAUCUCACAGCCUGAGGGCGUUUCGUUCAAUGUCAACGGGAGGGAGUUGGAGUGGCAGAACUGGAAGUUCCACAUUGGCUUCAAUUAUCGCGAGGGUAUUGUCUUCAACAACAUUACGUUCAACGAUAAGGGCAAUGUCAGGCCGAUCUUCUAUCGCAUGUCGCUUUCUGAGAUGGUCGUUCCCUACGGUCAUCCCGAGCCUCCGCAUCACCGCAAGCAUGCCUUCGAUCUCGGAGAGUAUGGGGCUGGUUAUCUGACAAACAGUCUCUCUCUUGGCUGUGACUGCAAGGGUGCCAUUCAUUAUCUGGACGCCGAACUGCCGACCCAGACUGGUCAGAUUCGCAAGAUUGAAAAUGCCAUCUGCAUCCACGAAGAGGAUGACGGUAUUCUCUUCAAACACACCGACUUCCGCGACAACUCAACUAUUGUCACGCGUGCUCGAAAACUUAUCGUCCAGCAUGUCUUUACUGCUGCCAACUAUGAAUACGCCAUCCAGUGGGUGUUCCAUCAGGACGGCACCAUCCAGCCCGACAUCAAGCUUACUGGUAUUCUCAACACCUAUGUCAUGAACCCCGGCGAGGAUUUGCAAGGUUAUGGAACUCAAGUCAAGAAAGGUGUCAACGCACAUAACCACCAGCAUAUCUUCCUCCUCCGCAUCAACCCAAGUGUUGAUGGACACGAGAACACAGUCCACAUGGUUGAUGCUGUACCUUCGGAAGCCCCAGUUGGCAGCCCAGACAACCUCUAUGGCAAUGCCUUCUAUGCUAAGCGCACUCGACUUGAGACGACGGGUCAGGCUAUCACCGACUACAAUGGUGCUACGUCUCGCUCCUGGGACAUUGUCAAUGAGAACAAGCUGAAUUCCGAGAGCGGAAAGCCUGUCUCGUAUAAGCUUGUCAGCCGCGAUGUACCCAACCUGAUGCCAAAGGAAGGAUCUCUUGUGUGGAAGAGAGCGUUCUUUGCUCGUCAUGCUGUUCAUGUGACCAAGUAUGUGGAUGACGAGCUCUGGCCCGCUGGCAACCACGUCGCUCAGACCUCCGGUGAGCCAUCCAGAGGCCUUGGAGCCUGGGUCGGAGACGGUACCAAGAGCGUCGCCAAUACUGAUAUCGUCCUUUGGCACACGUUCGGCAUCACGCAUUUCCCCGCCCCAGAAGAUUUCCCAGUUAUGCCCGCUGAACCGAUUACCCUUUUGCUCAGACCCCGUCACUUCUUCACUUGUAACCCUGUCAUGGACGUGCCUCCUUCUUACUCGAUCACUCCCAGUGAAGUGUCUGUUAAGAAGGCUGGAUUUGACACUACUGAUAAGGUCAGCAAGUUGGCGGCUAUGAGUGACUCUUCGUGCUGCAAGCCACCUAAGCUGUAA